GUACAAUUUUAAAACUGGUCGGACGUAUUGCCGAACGAAACAAGUGAAUUUUUAUAAAUUGAAAAAAAUUCAUAUAUCCUACCACAAGCAUCAUGUCUCUUUCCUUGGUCCUGCGUGGCGCCGUGCGCUUUAAUGCCGCAAAUCUCGUUAAGUCGGCGCGCAUCACGCCACUGAAGGCCUACUCCACAAUUGUGGCUAACGCCCAACGUCAGACUCUCAAGCCCCUGGCUCUGACCAAGAUAGUCGCGCCUGUAGUUCGUGAGAUCUCUGUGAGUGCACCACGCAUGGCUUCGGCUGAGUCCAGCCACACCGCCUUGUGGACACUGGAACGCCUGGUAUCGGCUGGUCUUUUGGCCAUUAUCCCAGCUGCCUUCAUUGCCCCAUCCCAGAUACUGGAUGCACUGCUGGCCAUCUCAGUGGUCAUUCACGCUCAUUGGGGUGUUGAGGCCAUGGUCGUCGACUACAUGCGUCCAUCUGUGGUGGGCAAUAUUCUGCCAAAGGUGGCUCACAUUGCGCUCAUCGUCGUCUCGGUGGCCACACUGGGAGGUCUCUUCUACUUCAUCCAAAACGACGUGGGUCUGGCCAAUGGGAUUAAGCGUUUCUGGGCCAUCAAGGGCAAGGAUGCUGAGGAGAAGAAGCAGUCCUAAGUCCCGAAGUAUUCAAUCCAGUUUCCGCAGACACGCAAAACCACACCCGUUAUUUAUUGAUAGUUUUGUGUGUUCCAAAAUCCACGGCCCGGCAGUUACAAAUAUAGGCAGUAAAUAAAUAAAUUGUAUAAAGAGAAAAGGCGCACAUGUUUUUACAAAAAUGUAUUUUUCGAACAACUGCACCUAUUUAAUUAGUUGGGCAACGUUAAGCUGGGGGAACAAGCUGUGUUGUUCCACUUACGUAUGGUAAUCUAGGCAAUAAACAUUUUGUGCUAUUGUACACCU